AUGAUAAACAUUUCAGGCAUCAACUCAAUUGAAAAGGCAUAUACAGUUGAUGUCCCUCUCUUAAGCACAGAGAAUAAGAACGUCAGGUUUAGAGUAAACUCUAUGCUGAACCAGCAUUAUAUACAAACCAUCUUGGUAAAAAUAUGGAAAUGUAUGCUAGAUGUGGUUUACAAAAAAGAUGUAAACACAAAGCUUAUUAAAAACGCAACUAUUAACCUAGAAGCUUAUUUGAUGUUCUUCCCCCUGUUCGAAAAAGCAAUGGGCGAGUUUUAUUGCAAUGAAUAUUACAUUGCAAAGCCAGAAAUAUAUGGGCUUAAAACAAUCAACUUCAGCAGAUUCUCAUUUGACCUAAUUUCACUAUGUGGAGAGAAAUUGCUUGAGAUAACGAAUGAUGAGUUUCAGACAUUUUUGAGAAAGUUGUUCCAAACAUUGACUUUCACACAAAACUCGAGGAUAAAAUUAAUAUCUCUGUCAGACAUAAACUCACCAUGGCUCUCACAGGAUAAUCCUGGUCAUGAGCCAUCUUCUAAAUCAUUGAACCUAUCAAUUCCUUUAAGCUCAUCAAAACUUAUCUCCAAAUGUGUUGAGGGAAGAAAAGACAAUAAAGAUGAAUUGCAUGAAGAUAACCAAAUUUAUUCAGUGUCAAUGCACUAUGACAGAAUUCAGAAAAGACUUAGAGAGAAGGUAGCAAAGAUCAAACUCAUAGAAGAGAGAAAGAGGAAGAUUAAACCUUUUAUUAUUCCUCAACAUCUCGUCCAAAAUCAGAGAGUCAAAGGAGAGAAACCCUCUUUUGAUUUAAAUGUUCUCAAUUCAACAAUUAAUCAUGAUCGCUCUUAUGUCACUAGACGAAGACAGAAAAUAGACCACUCAAAAGAUUACUUCUCAUUGACUGCUCGAAGAAAGUUUCCCAUUAAUCUUAGCACAGAAAUCUCAACAAUAUCUAUCAAAAAAAUAGCUGCUGAUCCGUCGAUCAAUACGCUAAAAUCUCCGAAAUACUACCCUCAAACCUCGAAACGUUGCCAUACAAAAACUUCCUCUUUCUCUUUCCAAGCACGUCGUAUUUAAAAAUCUCAAAAAUUCAUCUCUCAAAACUCGCUUCAAAAUUUCCCAAAAACCUAAAUUCCAAAAACUAUUCCACUUCUCUAAGCUCUCUGACCCUCAGAAACACCUAAAAAUGCCUUCCAAACCUACUAAACCUAAAAAACCAAUGAUUGGGGCUCAGUCUCUUCACAAGAGUCCUCCGUACACCAAGCUUGACUUUGACUUGCUCACGUUUCAAAAGUAUCACCCUGAGUUCCCUUAGCUUGGCUUUAAGCUAUUUUCAAUAUUCUAG